UGUAUAUAUUGCCUUCUUCAUAGCAGCCUAACCAUUUCAUACGCAACAACUGCAAACCCCACUACCCAGCAAAGGUCUUUACUCUUCACUUCUCCAUAUAUUUGCUCCUACAUUACCUGGUGAUCUUUGAGCUCACGGCGAGUAAUGGAGAGCCGUAGCAAAGUGGCAACCCACCUGGAGCCGUGGCGGAGCCUUAGGGACAAGGUGGUGAUGGUCACCGGAGCGUCGUCGGGGCUGGGCCGAGAGUUCUGCCUCGACUUGGCCAAAGCCGGUUGCAGAAUCAUCGCCGCGGCUCGCCGAAUCGACCGCCUUCAAUCUCUCUGCGAUGAAAUCAACGGGGCUGGUUCCGGUGAGCCGAACUCCAGCCGGCAGCUCACCGCGGUGGCCGUCGAGCUCGAUGUGAGUGCGAAUGGGCCCGCAAUCGAGGCCGCCGUGCAGAGGGCUUGGGAUGCGUUUGGCCGUAUCGAUGCCUUGAUUAACAACGCCGGCGUCAGAGGAAGGGUACACACUCCACUGGAUUUGUCUGAAGAAGAAUGGAAUAACAUCAUUAAAACAAACUUAACUGGCACAUGGUUGGUCUCAAAAUAUGUUUGUUUGCACAUGUGCAAUGCAAAACAAGGAGGUUCUGUCAUUAAUAUCUCUUCAAUUGCUGGUCUUAAUCGUGGGCAAUUGCCAGGGAGCCUUGCCUAUGCUUGUUCAAAGGUUGCUGUCAACACAAUGACAAAGAUGAUGGCCAUGGAAAUGGGAAAGCAUGGAAUAAGAAUCAACUCAAUAUCUCCCGGACUCUUCAAAUCUGAGAUAACGGAGAGCCUCAUGCAAAGAGAUUGGCUUAAGAACGUUGCUUUGAAGACUGUACCUUUGAGAACAUACGGCACAUCAGACCCAGCGCUAACAUCACUGGUACGAUACCUAAUCCACGACUCAUCUGAGUAUGUCUCGGGGAACUGUUACAUCAUUGAAGCUGGAGCUACCUUGCCCGGUGUCCCAAUUUUCUCUUCCCUUUGAAGCAAAUGAGAAUUAGCUGAAAAUAGAUAGUCUUAGACAAGGCUGAAAUGGUCACACUCCCUAUUUUUUGGUUAUCAUUGAAUCAUGAACUGUAAUUGGUCACAGGAAUUCUUGAAUAAGAUUUUUCCGUUGUGUAUGGGUAUUAAAAGGAAUUUGUUGAUGUAAUGCUUUCUGCUUUCUUCAAGUGUUUGUUUGGUUCUC